AUGGCUGAGGCAACACCACCUUUGCAGUUCAAAGCAACCUGGAUCGGCACCAGCAUGAUCCUCUUUGACGACGGCGUCACCAGUGUGCUCAUCGACGGCUUCUUCACCCGACCCAGCUUCAUCUCCACCAUUUUCUGGAAGGUCAGCUCCGACGAGGCCAUCGUCACCCGGUGCCUGGAAAAAGCCGGAAUCGCCAAUCAACUGCAGGCCGUCUUCGUCGCCCACUCACACCACGACCACGUUCUCGAUUCGCCCACCAUCUGCGCAAGGACUGGAGCCAAGCUUGUUGGGUCCGAGUCCACGCGUCUUGUCGGCGAAGGCUACGGGCUCCCGCAGGACCAAAACAUUAUUGUUAGUGAUGGCGACGUCCUCCAGUUCGGCGCCUUCCGCAUUACCAUCUUCGAGGGCCUGCAUUCGCUCGGGGAUCUUUGCCCCGGCGAAUUAACAGAGCCGCUCAGCGGUCCAUGUAGAUACACGGCCUUUAAGACGGACAAGUGCUAUUCAUACCUGAUUGAGCAUGGCGCCGAGCGCGUGUUUGUCCAUCCCAGCGCCAACUUUGUCCCCGGAAAGUUUCGAGAUCUCAGGUGUGGGACUGUCUUUCUUUCCACGGGAACCCUAGGGAAACAGCCUGUCGAGUUUCGGGACCAGUACUGGGACGAGACGGUCGGGAUGAUGGAGCCGAAAAGGGUUAUCCCCAUCCAUUGGGAUGCUUUUUGGACGCCGAUAGAUAGUCCAGGUCCAGUGGCGCCUCUUCCUUGGCCGUUUGACAAAUGGGCGGUGACGACCGCGUGGAUGGAGGAGAGAGGCGCCGCUGCAGGCGUCGAGAUUUAUCUGCCGAAGCUCUGGGAAGAGUUUGUUUUUGGCUAGAAUGGAAUAUUCACUUGGAUGGCAACAGGCCAUGAGGGAAGGUUUGCUAUGUUGUUGGAAAUUCUAUUAUCAC